AUAGAUAUGUAGAUGGAUAUAUGUAUUUGAGAGAUGUCUUUAAGGCCUUACUCAUUUACAGCCAAGCAAGGUGGAGAUUGCGUCUAUCUUGAAUUAGAUAUAUCUGGGUGUGGGCUGUUGCUCAUUUUCUGGAUAAUAUCAUAACACAACUGCCAUUGUAAUUAGACCCCACCAUCUCACAUGCACACUCCCUAUUUACUUUUUAUGUAACUUUUCCCUUUUCCCAUUCUCUAUAUUUAUAUAACCCACUUCGCUGCUCAGUACUAAAAACCUUUUAACAUCUAUGAAUCUCCCAUAAACACAUCCAGGAAGAAGAAGAAGAAGAAGAAGAAGAAGAAGAAGAAGAAAAAGAUUGCAGCUACAUAUGGAAGUGGCCAUGGAAGUAGAAGAUGAUUUGUUUUUUGCAGAUUUAAGCAGGCGGAUCUCUCUUCUAAUCAUGGAUGAUGAUGAGGACCCAGUUGCAGGAUGUCCCCCAGUUUCUUUCCAGGCUUUCUCCAGACUAAAUCAUCCAACACCACCAUCUCCAAUAUUUCUGUACCAGCAAAGUUGCAGAAGAGAGAGUAGGGGAACAGGAGUUUUUAUUCCCAGAUCAUCCCAACCAAGAAGAAAACACAGACAAGGAAGAUUCAAUGCCUCCAGUACCAAGUCCCAGAGGCCACAGGAGAACACAAGAAUAGUUUCCCAGCCGCCAAGAAGUAACAAUUACUUUGAUCCCAAGAAGGGUUAAUUAAUUAGAACCCAUCUUCUUCAUAUCAUCCAACAGCUACUGCUGAUCCCUUUGUCUCCCAAAAGAAAUAGGAAAAUGACAUACAUACAUAAAUAUGUAUGUAUAUGUACAUCAAUCAAGAAUAACCUGUUCUGCUCCUUAGUGGGUUCUUGUAGGAGGUUCGCAGAAAGGUCUAUCCCUCCUCAAAAUUAUGGAACCAUAUCUGUAUGGUUGUUGGUGGGCAUGAUAUAGGAUAAAGCUUUAAGCUUGUGCUAUUCAUUCAAUAUUGUGGUUUAAUUAUUAUUAUUAUUAUUUUCAUUAUUUAAGUUCACUC